AUGACAAUGGAGGCUGAAGUAAUCUCUCGAGAGUGUAUCAGACCCUCUUCUGCAACACCCCUUCACCUCAAAAUCCAUAAGCUUUCUCUGUUGGAUCAAUAUGUUCCUCCCAUCUAUAUUCCUGUGGUCAUUUACUAUCCCAAUCAAGACACAAACCUUUCCCCUACCGACAUUAUCACCCAAAGACUGCAAUUGCUGAAGCAGUCUUUAUCAGAAACCUUGGUUCGCUUUUACCCACUUGCAGGAAAGAUGAAAGACAGUCUUUCCAUUGACUGUAACGACGAGGGGAUCUAUUUUGUAGAGGCCCUAGUUCAAAGUCCACUUGAUGAAUUUCUGAACCAGCCUGACCUCGCUUUGAUCAAUAAAUUCCUCCCGGGUGAGGCCAGUUGGAGUGCAACACCAACACCAGGAACUCACGUGGCUAUGAUACAGGUGACAACAUUUUCAUGUGGUGGUAUUGUCAUCGGUGUCUUUGUUUCACAUAUGAUCGCAGAUGGAAAUGCUUUAAGCUCGUUUCUCAAGAGUUGGGCGGCUACAGCUCGCAAGAAUACUGACGAAGCGGUACCAGUUCCUAUUUUUGAUAAUUCAACUGUAUUUCCUCCAAAUGAUUUGUUCCCAAGAGAAGCAACAAUGAUGGCCACGGUCAUCCCAUUUUUCAAAAUUGGCAGAAGCGUUACUAGGAGAUAUGUUUUUGAUGCCUCAGCAAUAGCCACCCUUAAGGCCAAGGCCACCAGUUCAAGCGUGCAAAACCCCACACGCGUUGAGGCCGUAUCCGCACUCCUUAGCAAAUGCAUCAUGGCUGUUUACAAAGCAAAAUCUGAUUCCAACAAGCCAACUCUUGUGAGCCAUGCAGUGAAUUUGCGUCGGAGAGCCACACCGCCGUUCUCAGAAUAUUGCAUGGGAAAUUUCCUCUGGAAGGCCACGGCAUUAUUCCCAAACGAUGAGGAAGCAGAGGUGGAGAGCUUGGUGACCCAGCUGAGAGGAGCCAUAAGAGAAGUUAAUAACGAUUUUUUGAAGAGCCUAGAAGGUGAUGAAGGGUUGAGUAACCUUUGCAAAGCUGUGAAACAUAUCGGUGGGGCGAGCUCUGGUGAGGUGGAUUUUAUUGGGUUUACGAGUUGGUGUAACUUUGGUUUGUAUGAAAUUGAUUUUGGAUGGGGAAAGCCUGCGUGGGCGAGCUGUGUUGGAACAACUGAACCGAAUACUGUGUUCAUGAAUAUGGUAAUUCUUAUGGAUUCAAACUCGAAGGAUGGAGUUGAAGCAUGGGUGAAUUUGGGUGAGGAAGACAUGGCUAUUCUGGAAGUUGAUAAAGAACUCCUUGCAUAUGUUACUUUGGAUCCAAGUCCUUUACGACAGUUUAAUUAA